UCACACUGCACUUUGUUUUGAUUUUUUAUUAAGUUUUUUUUCUUAUAAACAGCAGCGUAAAAUGCUGCCGGGCGUGGGUGUAUUCGGAACGGGCGAAAUAGCCAAUGUCCUGGUGCCCCUGCUGCGCGAGAAGGGCUUCGAGGUGCGUGCCAUCUGGGGGCGCACCCUGAAAGAAGCCAAAGAGACGGCCACCGCACAAAAUGUCUCGUUCCACACGAACGUCAUCGAUGACGUUCUACUGCGAAAGGACGUCGACUUGGUGUUCAUCGUGUGCCAGCCCUUUCUGCACGCGGAGAUCUCUGUGAAGGCUCUGGGCAUUGGGAAGCACGUGGUGUGCGACAAGCCCGCGGGACUGCAUCAGCAAGAUGCCCUGAAAAUGGUGCGUGCGUCGCAGUACUAUCCCACACUGAUAUCGCUGGUGAAUCAUCCGCUGCGCUUUCUGCCGGCCUUCACGCACAUGCGGCGCUGUCUGCAGGAGGAGCUGAUUGGGCCGCUGCCCGAGGUGGUGCUGAUGGAUGUGCGCGUCCAAAUGGGCACGCUCUUCCCGGAGAAAUACAACUGGAUGUGCGAUGCCCAAAUGGGUGGUGGAGCCCUCAAUCUGGUUGGCAGCGUCGUGGAUCUGGUCACGUUUCUACUGCAGCAGCAGGCGGUGCGGGUGCAUGGCGUCCUCAGAGCAUACACGAAGACGACGCCGGCCAUCAAUGGCAUUCGGCAGAUUACGGCCCCGGACUUUUGCAACUUUCAAAUGGAGCUGGCCAGCGGCACCCUUGUCACGGUCGCACUGCACAGCCACACGGUACCGGCCAAGGCCUUCUCACAAGAGGUGCUCGUCUAUGGCAGCAAGGGACACCUCGUGGUUCGCGGCGGAGAUCUGUUCGUGCUGAAGGAGGGCCAGCCCAAGGAGGAGGCUGUCUAUGUGGAUGUACAGGAUCUGCAUUUCUCCACAAACAACUCGCUGCUGCCUCGUCCCUACAUCAAGGGUCUCUGCAAGAUGGUGGGCGCACUCAAAGAAGCCUUUGGCAGCAAGGAGUCUUCGUGGGUGAAGGCGCCCGUCUCCACGGCGGCAACCUUCGAGGAUGGCCUCUACGUGCAGGCCGUUGUGGAGGCCAUACGCAAAUCCAACGAAUCCCGGCAGUGGCAGCGCGUUCAGCUCUCCACGGAUGCGCCCCUCAAUCAUGAUCAGAUCAUUCGAUAUGCACGCAUGUCCACCAUGUAGAGCGGGAUCUGUGCAAUCUCCAUUAAAUCACUAAUAUAUAUUCAUAUAUAUUUUAUGUGUGUAGUCCUUAAGCAUUUACCUGAUUGGGGGAUACAUUCCCUCAUCGCAUCCAUCAAUGUAUUGUAUUUAACUUAUUUUCUUUGGCAUUUACAUUUUGCUACUAAUAAAAUAAUUGUAUUUAGUUUAUUAGACUCUUAAAUAGAGA